AUGGAUCUUAACUGGUGCCCCGUCUGCGAACAGCACAUCCCCCUCGCCUGGGAGUCGAGCCUUUACUGCUCUGAUCGCUGCAAGAAGGCCGAUGCCCUCGCUUCCCAGUCCACUGCCACUGGAGCCCCUGCCGGAUACCCUGGGCAGAUGAUGAUGGACUCCUUCCCUGGACGCCAUCAGCGAACCUCAACCUCAUCGCCUUCGUACUCACCUCUUUCUUCGCCCACCCUUGCUGGUCUCAGCUCGACUGGCCCCUUGUCGGCCUACCCUUCGCCACCCACCUCGCCCAUGAGCAACUAUGUCUACAAUACAACCUCUGCCUACGGCCGCAUCUCGCCUGCCUCGUUCUCUUUGGGCCAGCCAGCAGCAGCAGCAACAGGAGCCGGUUACGAUUUGGAUUUGCGCCGCAAGUCAUUGACCACUAUGGCUGCUCCCCAGUACUCGAUGACCACCAAGAAGAGCAACUUCUGGUAG